GAGCCGUCGCGCCCAGGGACUCAUCUAUAUAAAUAAGAGGCGCUUCUCUGCAACUCAAAUAAAGCUCCACAUUCUCAACUCCUUCUUUCUCUCUCUCUUCAACUCAAACCCAACACAAUGGCUGGUCGCGGCAAGGGCAAGACCUCUGGCAAGAAGGCCGUGAGCCGCAGCGCCAAGGCCGGCCUGCAGUUCCCUGUGGGCCGCAUUGCGCGCUACCUGAAGAAGGGCAAGUACGCCGAGCGCAUCGGUGCCGGCGCGCCCGUGUACCUGGCCGCCGUGCUGGAGUACCUGACCGCCGAGGUGCUGGAGCUGGCCGGCAACGCCGCCCGCGACAACAAGAAGAACCGCAUCGUGCCCCGCCACAUCCAGCUGGCCAUCCGCAACGACGAGGAGCUGGGCAAGCUGCUGGGUGAGGUGACCAUCGCCUCGGGCGGUGUGCUGCCCAACAUCCACGCCGUGCUGCUGCCCAAGAAGACCAAGGGCGGCAAGGGCAGCGAGGAGGCCGCCUAAAGCGCCUGACCUCGACCUCUAACAACAAACUCGGUGUUUCUCAACACCACCAUAUCCUGGUUUUGGCUGGGGCAUGGAAGCUGGCUAGGGCAAGACACGCGGGUAGAAGCCCGCUGGUUCAGGGGGCAAGAGGUGGGAUCUGCGGGUGGUAGCGUGCAAUCCCUUGCCAGCCAGUUGGUGCUAGAGGAGCUGCUGGUGCUCCUUGGGGCUAUGGGGCUGGUUGGGAAAAAGUUCGCUAGACGCAUCUGCACAUCACCACAAACCUGGCUCCGGUGUUGGCAAAGGGGACGUGUGCUCGCGUACCGGGUCGAAGUUGGGCACUCUGGCCACCUUUCCGGGGACUGGCUGGCUAGGAUUGAUUGCCGAUCAUUUGGAAGGGUAGGCAUGGUUGGGUAUGGUGCACUUUAGCACACUAUGCCUUGGGUUUGUACUGACUUGACACACGCGGUGAGCCAUGUUGAACUGUGUUGAACUCCAGAGCACUGCGAAUGCUUCCGGCUUUGCCGUCACCCAUGGGCCAUGGUGGCAGACUCCAUCUUGCAUUCU